CACAACAAGCCUGGACCGACCGGCAACCACAGAACUUUUUGCCUUUCCCACCAGCACCGGGGCCCCUUCAUCAAUCUCAACACCCGACCGCCUCUUCAAUCCAAAUUUGCCCUUCCUUCUCCCAUUUCUCCCUCCGACAUCCACUGUACGUCGGUCGCAGGGUUCUACCACCGCUUCCUUCUCUGUAUCCCAACUCAUUUCCUUCUCUUGACCAGAACCAGACACAAUGGCCGAGCCCAUCAGAAACAAGCGGGCUGAUCCCCCCAUCGCUCCCACCCCCCAGAACACUCCUCUUAACACUGCCCCCAUCUCGUCGCACGCUCAGCAGCCCGGUGUUGCCAGCAUCAAGGAGGAGGACCUUGACCGUGCCGCCGCCGCUUCCAUCUUCGCCAAGGACCCCAGACUUGUGUCCCUUAUCCAGGGCCGUCUCGGCUCUCUUGUCGGUCGUUCGUCCGGCUACAUUGAGUCUCUCCCUACCGAUGUCAAGCGUCGUGUCGCUGGCCUGAAGGGCAUUCAGAAGGAGCACUCCAAGCUCGAGGCCGAGUUCCAGGAGGAGGUCCUUCAGCUCGAGAAGAAGUACUUUGCCAAGUUCACUCCUCUUUACCAGCAGCGUGCCGCCAUUGUCAACGGCCAGACUGAGCCCACUGAGGACCAGGUCCAGGCCGGUGAGGAGGAUGAGGAGGAUGAUGAGGAGACCGAGGCCGCCCCCAAGGAGGAGAAGGCUACCGAGUCUGCCGAGAAGGUUUCUGGUAUCCCCGAGUUCUGGCUCUCUGCCAUGAAGAACCAGAUCUCCCUCGCCGAGAUGAUCACCGACCGCGACGAGGAGGCCCUCAAGUCCCUCACCGAUAUCCGCAUGGAGUAUCUCGACAAGCCCGGAUUCCGCCUCAUCUUCGAGUUCGCUGAGAACGAGUACUUCACCAACAAGACUAUCACCAAGACCUACUACUACCAGAACGAGAGCGGCUAUGGUGGCGACUUUAUCUACGAUCACGCCGAGGGUGACAAGAUCAACUGGAAGGAGGACAAGGAUCUUACUGUCCGCGUUGAGCAGAAGAAGCAACGCAACAAGACCACCAAGCAGACCCGCAUUGUCAAGAAGACCGUUCCUACCGAGUCUUUCUUCAACUUCUUCUCCCCCCCUAAGGCCCCCACUGAUGACGAUGAGUCCACCACCUCGGAUAUUGAGGAGCGUCUUGAGCUCGACUACCAGCUCGGUGAGGAUAUCAAGGAGAAGCUUAUUCCCCGCGCCAUCGACUGGUUCACUGGCGAGGCCCUCGCCUUUGAGGAGCUCGACGAGGAGGACUUCGAGGACGCCGAGUUCGAUGAUGAGGAUGAUGAAGAUGAUGAAGAUGCCAGCGAGGACCAGGAUGACGAGGAUGAGAGCGAUGAAGACGAUGAGGACGGCAGCAAGCCCAAGCAGGAGGCUGCUGAGUGCAAGCAGAGCUAAAUGCUGAUCGCUGAACGAACACGAAAAUGAUACCACUAUACCACGCAGGCAAGGGGCAGAACGCCCAAUGACAUUUGGCGUCUGAGUUCCAAACUAUUGAGGGUCAUGUAUGACCGUACCGGGGUGGCCGUGGGCUCAGGAAGAACAGGAGUUUGCGGAUGGCCGGAGCUUGUGGUGGAUUGAUAACCAUUCUACGGAAUUUGAAUUGGUCACAUGAGGAGUUGGCUUCAGCACCUGCCUUGACGCUGUGGUUGUCUCUCAUAAUUCUUAGCAGGAUAGUUCGUCCUGACCCCUGAAGCAGUGGCAUGUCAGAGCGCAAGGAUGGGAGCAGAUAUGCGAACUAAGCCGGAACAAGGGUCGAUUUGUGCGUAAAGGGAUGAUAUUAUACGGGACAAAAGUAGUGAUUCUACGAGGAUUUAGGUGUUGAUUUCAUAGUACAGCAUUGCAGGUGUUUCUACAUCACAA